AUGAAAACGGAAGAUGCCACAAUAUCGGCCACAAUACAACUUGUUGCAGCAGCAGAUGGUGUAGAUUUGGCCAACGAUCAAAAUGUUGUAUCCAUAUCAUAUCCUCUUCGAUUUGGUUGGAAAACCAAAGAAGUUUACGUGAAUGGUGAUCUUAUCAAUCCCACUUCCACCCAUGAAUCCGAUUUAGAAUAUGUGAAUUAUCUUCUCACACAAACACCAACUGGCUAUAAAGAUAAGUUGGGUAUUACCAUGGGCUACAGCGAUAUCCCUGGUUCUUUUGACAGUCGUGUCAAUCUCCAUGACGGUGGAGGUGGUCUUGUCAACGUGGGUGGUCGUAAACGUUGGCUAGCAUAUAGUCAGAGUGCAGAA